AUGGGGUUCGCUGGCGUGUAUCGGGCCCUCUAUGACUACACACCUCAGGCUGAGGGUGAGCUCACAAUAGGGGAGAACGAUCUACUCUUCGUCCUCGACAAGAAUGGCGAUGAUGGAUGGUGGAAGGCCAAGAAGAAGGCUAGAGCCGAGGACGAAGAUGAGCCUAUCGGGCUUGUCCCAAACAACUACGUGGAACAGGCACAAGCUGUCGGCCACGCUCGCGCCCUUUACGAAUACACUCGCCAGACUGAUGAGGAGCUUUCGUUCCUGGAGGACUCCAUUCUUGACAUCUUCGAUACCUCGGAUCCUGACUGGAUCCUCGUUGGUCUAGAUGGCGAUUAUGGAUUCGUCCCCGCAAACUACAUCGAUAUGGAGUCGGUGGGUGGGCGGGAAGCAGCUGAAACCGAACCCCCGGCUCCCGCACUUCCUGUUCGGCCGACGUCUGUAGCAGAGGAGCCAACGAGCCCCGUCAAGUCAGCUCCUCCAGCGGUACCCGUCCCGGCGGGGCCCGCCGCUGCCUUGGCUGGGGUAAUGCAAAGUCGUUCAUCAAUGCCGCCUGCUUCCCCAUCUCCUCCCCAGCCGCCGCGGGAGCAAGCUACACGCGAACACUCGCAAUUCGAGGACUAUCACCAUGCUUCGGACGAAGAAGCCCCUUCUCCGGCUCUGCCGAGCCGACCCCGUCCUUCCGUCGAAUCCGCGUACGCCGAGCCGCCACGGCCCCAGCGCCCCCAGCGCCCCAUACAACCCGUUGAGGAGGCGCAUGCUGACCGAGGGGCUCCCGGAGACUUUCACAUGUAUAAUGUAAAUGAGAUGGUGUCCGUCUUGGGAAAGAGAAAGAAAAUGCCCACGACGCUUGGUAUUAACCUGCGGACUGGUGUCAUCAUGAUUGCACCCGAGCGCUCGGAGGAUGGGCCUACCCAAGAGUGGACAGCCGAGAAGAUGACGCACUACUCCCGAGAAGGAAAGCAUGUCUUCAUGGAAUUGGUGCGACCUAGUAAGAGCAUCGACUUUCAUGCCGGAGCUAAGGACACGGCGGACGAGAUUACUCGUGCCCUAGGCGAAAUGGCAGGCGCCGUUCGCGCUGAAGGACUUAAGGAGGUUAUCAUGGCUGGAACUAAGAAGAGCAAGAAGAAGGGUGUCAUCCAAUACGACUUCAAGGCCCAGGGCGAGGACGAGGUUACUGUCGCUGUCGGCGACGAUGUCAUCAUAAUGGACGACUCCAAGAGCGACGAAUGGUGGCAGGUGCGUCGCCUUAAAAACGGAAAGGAGGGCGUAGUACCGAGCAGCUACGUCGAAAUCACCGGCACCGUGACGCCGCCACCUGUUGACCCGAUAUUGUCAGCAGUCGAGCAGAACCGCUUGGAGGAGCUGCGGCUCACGAAGGAGGCACUGAAGGCUAGCAAAGACCCCCAACAGGUAGGACCGGGAAUGGCUCUUCCAGAAAGAGGCAGCAGUCUUAAUAAUUCGGACCUACAACAGAGUCGGCGCCAAAAUGGGCGGAAUGAAGGCUCCUCAUCCAAGGGAAAAACAAAACCCGAUCUCUCCAAGGUUCGAACUUGGACAGACCGUUCUAAGUCGUUUAGUGUUGAGGCUCAGUUCCUUGGACUCAAGGAUGGCAAAAUCCAUAUUCACAAGCUGAAUGGCGUCAAGAUUGCCGUUCCCAUUUCCAAGAUGUCGAGCGAUGACAUCGAAUAUGUUGAGAACCUGACCGGCGUCACCCUUCAUGAAGCUAAGCCUCGGUCUAGCUCCAAGAAGGCCCCUGUCGAAACUGUCAAAAAGGAUACCAAGCCUGAAUACGACUGGUUUGAUUUCUUCCUUUCUUGUGAAGUGGCCGUCGGCCUUUGCGAGCGCUACGCCCAGGCAUUCCACAGGGACUCUAUGGACGAGAGCGUUUUGCCUGACAUCGACGCGACUGUCCUGAGAACACUUGGUCUUCGCGAAGGCGACAUUAUCAAGGUUAUGCGUACUCUUGAUGCUAAGUAUGGCCGCCAGAAACCCAAGGAUGGCGACGGCGGUCUGUUCUCUGGACCCGGUGGUACCCUGCGGAACAACACUCGAAAAGGACGCCCUGCUCCUGCUGUCCAAACCAGCGACAUUGUGGAUGCUUCUGCCUUUGGUAAAAAGGAUGGGCAGAGCCCUACACAAAAUGAGGCUGCCAAGUCAACGUCAAGCACCAGUCCACCGCCUAACGUUCAAGAUACGAAGCAGCCGCCCGCUGGCAGUUUCGACGAUGAUGCCUGGGAUGUGAAGCCAAGCCAGCAGCCUCAGCAGCCCACUCCUGCUAAGACUCAGUCGCCGCCUCCCGCUGCAAGUGCCGCCGCUCCUCCACCUGCGAAUCUGAUGGGCUCCAUGAAAGACCUGUCUCUCUUGUCCGAGCCGUUGGAGCCCACCAAGACGGGGCCGCAGCCAUCACCUCCGGCUCAACCCCUGACUCAGCCUCUUUCUUUGGUAGGGGCCACUCCGCCGCAAACAGCAGCGCCUGCCCAGCAGGGCGCUACACCUGGCUUCUUCCAGACGCUGCAAUCUCAGCCAACUGGACUGCCGCGGCAGCGACCGGCCCCGCCCUCUUCAGUGUCGCCUCCCCAAGGAUCUCUGGUCCCCCCGCCACCGCAGCGCCCUCUUUCUACUCCGGCCCAGCCCACCGCAUUCCAAGCACCAGCUCUGGCUCCUCAGAUGACCGGCGCCCAAGUGGCUCUUCCUGGUCAAAGUCUGAGCGAGAUUGCGCAGGCUCGACUCCAGCAGCAGCAGCAGCAGCAGCAGCAGCAGCAGCAGUACAUGGCUCAGAUGCAACAGCCAAGCUAUACGGGCUUCCUGGGAGCCCAGCCACAAGGCAUCAUGUCUAUGCCCGUGGGUCCCCAGGGCCACUUCAUGCAACCUAUGAUGACAGGAGCACCUGGUCAGAGCCCAUUCGCAGACCCAGGAGCGCAGCAGCAAACCAUGUUCUCGACGAUGCAGGCUCAGCCCACUGGUUUCCAGCAGUCAUUCAACCAGCAGCAACAGCCUUCAUUUGGGCAGCAGCCACCUCCGGGGGGCAUCAACAACUAUCUUCCACCAGCUCUUGAACCGCAGAAGACGGGCAUGUCUAUGCAGCCAAUGCAAACCCAGCCGACUGGUAUAUCUGGGUUCCACCAGCCUGCCACUCAACCACUGCAGCCUCAGCAAACUGGACCAGCCCCGCCAAUCCGUUUCGGGGUCUCUCCCGAGCCAAAAAAGCUGGCACCCCAACCCACAGGUCGCAAGGCAAACCUUUCUCAUGCGACCCCGCAAAACCCCUUUGGCUUCUAA